ACGAACCGAAUUACCGAAUCGACCCAUCAAUCAACAAAUCGAAAUGAAACAAAAACAAAAGUGCUAUUAUUGUUAUUUAGUGUAAUUAAAGACAUCUACUUUGUUUUAGUAGGAGUAUUUGAAGGUUUGUUUAACUACACUUUAACUUAUAUAUUCAAUUUAUGAUUCCACAAAAAUAUAGUUAACUGUCUUAAAGUGCAACUUUCUUUCACUAGGCCUACAUAGUAAAGUGCAGAAUCAUAAUAUCAUGACAGAGAAGGAGGCCAAGCCUGGAGAUGGGAUUAAGUCUUUGAAAACAAGUUCAGUCUUUAGGGUUGUUAACUUUGAAUUGUACGCUACACCAAACCGAGUGGUGAUGGGGCUCGGGUUGUUGGCUCUAGCUGGAUGUGUUAGUUACAUAGGCUACAUGAGGCACAAGUACGCGGGUAUGGGCUACUACCCAGCCAUCGACAAUGAGGGCAAAGAGGUUUACAAGCUCAAACAAUCUAAAUGGGAUUAGCUUGUAAACUAAUCAACCUGUAUAGUGUUAUCUGUAAAUAUGUAUUGCAAAUAAAAAUAAUUUGGUUUAAAUACUGACA